ACUAUAUACGAUAUUUAAAUCUGACCGACCACAUUCAUUUUUUUCAGUCUGCACUAGGGCGGAACAAUUUGUAAUGAGUAUUGUUUCCGCCCGACGGGACUACGAAAGCACAAUAGAAUAGAAGACCUGAUCACAGCAGCCACAGAAGCUCCACUACAGCUCUUCUCAAUGAAGUUUCCUGUUAAAAUCUUUCUAUUCGGGAGUCUGAGUGCAGCUUUAAUUGCACUCCAGUGGAGUAGCCCCACUUUUAGUGAAGAGUCUGUGAAAGGCAUGAGGGUGCUGGUGACUGGUGCGAGUACUGGCAUCGGGGAGCAGGUGGCGUACCAUUACGCUCGCAUGGGUGCUCAGAUUGUCAUCACAGCAAGAAGAGAACAUGUAUUAAAAGAGGUUGUAAAGAAGUGUCUGGAUCUGGGAGCUCAGAAAGCCCUGUAUAUUGCAGCGGACAUGGCUGAAAUAUCUGAUGCAGCCCGGGCGGUGGAGUUUGCUGAAAAGCAGCUUAACGGGCUGGAUUACCUAGUGCUUAACCACAUCGGGCCGAGUCCAUAUGGAAUGUGGGAUGGCGAUGUGGAUCACGUUCAGUGGCUCAUGCAGGUGAAUUUCCACAGUUAUGUGAAAAUGGCUGUGAAAGCUUUACCAGCCCUGGAAAAGACUAAUGGAUCAAUAAUAGUCGUCUCUUCCUUGCUUGGUAAAAUGUGUUUACCGUUUGCUCUGCCAUACGCCGCUACCAAAUUUGCCCUGAAUGGCUUCUUCGGGAGUCUCCAGCAUGAGCUGGCUAUGAAGCACAGCAACGUAACUGUCACUAUCUGCACCCUGGGCCUCAUCGACACGGAGUCGGCCAUGGAGAAAAUCAAAGGCUACAUUGACAUUCCUGCUUACCCUGCACAUGAGGCUGCAUAUCAGAUCAUUAAGGCUGGAGCGCUUCGUCAGAGCGAGGCCUUCUACCCCUGGUACACCUACUACUCCACAUUAAUCAGAGACUGGUUCCCUUACUACAGAGAUCAGGUCAUUAGGAACAGUUACAACUACCAGCCAUGAGUUGGUGCUGAUCACUGGGCACUUACAGAGCUUGUGGAGUGUUCAUUUGGUGCUCUGGAUAAAUAUGGAAGAACAAUUAUGUAGCACAAUAUGAAAGAACAUUUCUUGAUAAAGUAAGUAGUUAGGAAUAUUUUGUUUGAAGCCAUUGCUGUCAAGGUUCUGAAUAUACAGAGUCCAAGCACCAUGACAGCCCUAGAAAUUACCUUUAUAAUUUUCAUUCCUUUUAAUUACAUGUAAUUUUAAGUUUUAGAUGGUAUAAAUAUAUGUGUGCUGUGUUAUAAAAUACUUCCAUCAAGUACUGCAUUGUUGACAUUUAUUCCACAGCCACUGUUGAAUGUUUGGUUCUGAUUAGUCAGGUGCUGAUUCAUUUUCUGUAACAGCAAUUUUUUUGGUCUUAUUAAGUUCCCAGAAGAAAGAAUGGUGAAAGAAUGACUGUUUAUAUCUGCUAUAACAUAAGUGAUAACAGGAACCAACUUGUUUCAUGGACAUUCCAAAGCAUUAAACAUAACUACACACUGACAAAGUUGUUAGCGUUGGAAAAUUUGUGGGGGGUUUUGCCAAGGUGGUAAAAACAGUAACUCUGCCUUGCGUGCUUCAUCACGCCACCCCAUUGUUGAUUAUUUUCCUAUAACAGUCAUGUCAUGUUUUCUUCCUUAUUUACAAUGUUAGGGAAAUCUUAAAUUAACUUUUAAAGUAUUUUAUCUCUUUGGAUCCACUGUUUUUUAUGAACUGACUUCGAUGUCUUUCCCCUGGACAGGGUGAUAAGGCAUGCUACAGUUACUAAUUAAAAUCCAGAACUGUCUGUAUCUAG